CACACACACUGACACACACCACAGUGUGGAGAGCGAAGCAGAGAUAGAGAGGGUAAUGUGUGUUCGUGUAUAUAUGUGUAUGUAAGAGAGGAGAAGAGAGACAGAAAACAGGGAUAAGGAGGACAGGACAAGAAAGUGUGAGGACUGCCUGAGUUUGCCUGUGUAUUCUCAUUUUCUUGGCACUCUUGACUGUUUGGAUGAUGAAAGGAAUAAGAUUGUUUAAUGCUCCUCUCCAGGGCAACUCUGGAAACCUCAGGGAAAUACAGUAACGAAACCCUCAAGCAACACAAUUGGUUUAACACUACUUGGGAUUUGUGAGAUUCUUAUGAAGCGGGGACCUGCUGGGACUCUCUUUACAUUAAAGGCAUCUGGAGAAAUGGAGCUGAAAGGGAAUUUGCUUCUGAAGCAAAUCGCGGUCCACGCAAGCACCAGUCAAGUACCCUGUGGAAACUUGCCAAGACAGGACCCAUGGCAAUAGGAUUCAUAACUUAUCCUCUGCAUAAUAAGUUGACGGUUUCUAAGGCAUAUGAAUCCAGAUUGCUCAGUGGAGAAUAUACUGGAAAUGGAAAAUUAUUAUUUACAUGAACAAGCAAAAUAAAAGACUAAAUGCUCUUCAGUACAAGGUUAUGGAUUUAUUGUUCAACACAGCAAUGACAAAAUCUGGAUUUAUGGGCUACUAUUAACAAGGGGGAUGAAAGUCCCCCCCUCCCCCCACACACGCAUACAUAACCACUCACAAGGGCUGACCUCACCAAUACUGUGACUUUGGUUUCCUUGGUGGAGGCUUAUGUAAAUGAACAACAGCAAAUCAAUAAGGACCUAUCAUCGUGCUUGGUCUAUAAAAUCGUAAUCGCAGGAAUACAGCGCAGGCAACAGAAAGGCACAUUAAUAUAGGACAGGGUCACUUGAAUCCUAUGAAUAAGUGGAAGCAUCUGAAGCUUUAAAGACUGUUAUUUUUAAACCUGAAGUGGAUGUAUUAAUAGGUCAACACAUGGACUUUGCUCUGAUCGCUCCAAACGAUUCACUGGAUUUCCUUUACGGGUUUUACUACUAUAUCUAAUUGCAUGAAACCGGGACACAAAAGGGGUUUCGGAGUGGGAGAGAUAUAUGACAUGACCAGCAGCGAAUGGGAAUACUGGCCUUCUACUGGUAGACCUGAACAUGGCUGUCGCCCAAAAGUUGCAAUCAGUUUGAUAAAAAAUAAACAAGUAACAACCUAUUGUGAAAACCACGAGAUGUGAAUUCCCUGCUGGACUGCAAGGAUUACAAAAGGUGCAAAACUCUCCUUUAAAAUGCUUGGGUGUGAUGAUGGACUUGAACUCCACCCAGACUCUUCUGGGCCAACCACUGACUGUGAAGACUAAAAAACAGCGCUCUGGAGAGGGGAUAAUGCACAAGCCUAUACCUUCAGCAUCACAGGAGGAAGAAGGCACCAUGAGUAACGUUACAGUCUUGGACAUCACAGAGACCGCGAGCCCAGCCAUGACGGCGGACGAACACCACCCCUACCCCCUCAGCUUCCAGGUCUCCCUGACAGGCUUCCUGAUGCUGGAGAUAGUGCUGGGCCUGAGCAGUAACCUCACCGUGCUCGUCCUGUACUGCAUGAAGUCCAAUCUGGUCAACUCCGUUAGCAACAUCGUCACCAUGAACCUGCACGUUCUCGAUGUGCUGGUGUGUGUAUGCUGCAUCCCACUGACCAUAGUUGUGCUGCUUCUGUCACUUCAAGGUGACACUGUGCUCGUCUGCUGCUUCCAUGAGGCCUGCGUGUCUUUUGCUAGUGUUGCCACUGCAGCAAAUGUGCUGGCCAUCACACUCGACCGCUAUGAUAUCUCUGUCAAACCAGCCAAUCGUGUGCUGACCAUGGGCCGAGCGGUGGCUCUGUUGGGCAGUAUCUGGGUGUUGUCGUUUCUUAGUUUCCUGGUGCCCUUCAUUGAGGUGGGCUUCUUAGGACCAGAACCAACCAAAGCCAACCAGACUGUUGUAGUGCAUGUUAAUGAGUACUACACAGAGUUAGGCUUGUAUUACCACCUGGUGGCACAGAUCCCUAUCUUCUGCUUCACUGUUGUGGUUAUGCUGGUCACUUACUCAAAAAUCCUUCAAGCGUUAAACAUCCGCAUCGGAACGCGCUUCCACGCCUCACAGAAGAAGAAGAAGAUGCGAUGGAAAAAGAACAUCUCACUUAUGUCACCGUCGCAACAGCAGCUGCCUGAAGUCACAGAUGGCUCUCAGGGCAGCAGUGGUGGGAACCGCAAUGUGCCACUGGGCAUGAGAACCUCAGUGUCUGUGAUCAUUGCCCUGCGGCGAGCUGUGAAACGCCACCGCGAGCGGCGGGAGAGACAGAAGCGCGUGUUCCGUAUGUCACUCCUUAUCAUCUCCACUUUCCUGCUGUGCUGGACCCCUAUUACUGUUCUAAACAGCAUCAUUCUCAGCACAGGCCCCAGUGACCUCAACGUGAAGCUACGUCUGGGCCUCCUGGUCAUGGCGUAUGGAACAACUGUCUUCCAUCCGCUGCUCUACGCCUUCACGCGGCAGAAGUUUCAAAAGGUCCUAAAAAGUAAGAUGAAAAAGCGGGUGGUGUCCAUCAUCGAGACGGAUCCGAUGCCCACAAAUUCAGUCAUAAAGAACUCAUGGAUUGAUCCAAAGAGAAACAAAAAAGUGACAUUCGAGGAUCAUGAAGCCAAACAAAAGUGUCUGUCAUCUGAGGAUGUUGAUUAAUCAUCAGUACUUGCAGGAACACCAGUACACACUGUAGCCUCAAAAUCAGAACUUUUGAAAUCUUCAUUAUGAUCCCCAUAGUGGAAAGAGACUGACUCAGGUGUGUGCUAUAGAAGAAACUGCACUGGAUGUGAAUACAUGAAUUAAUAUAAGUUUAUUACUAUUUAUAUGAACUUCUACUUUAGUAUAAUAGUAUGACAUUCACUGUGCUGUUAAAAACCGCAUGUUUUUUAUAACACUGUGUACAUAAUUCAAUAAUUAAGAACUGUAAAUAGACACAUAAAAAUGUAUGUAUGUAUGUAUCAAUAUUAGAACACAUAGGCAACACAAAAAACUAUUUGUAAUAAAUAAGGCAAAAAGAUGUCUCUGGGGUUCAACACAUGAAACCUGCUGCUCUGUCCAGGAGGAAGCAGAUCACCUUUAACCCUGUUUUAUGCGAGAGCUUUUUAUGGUCCAUAGUUUUAUUACAUCGUCCUCUUCCUCCUUUGUGUUAUUCUCUUUGACUAGCAAGUUAUUAUUCAUAUGACUAUUUAGCAAAUUACUACGAACACACACUUCAUUUUGUAGCCAAAGAGGCAAGCUAGCGAACAGCACUUGAGCAUCAACGUACACUGGCAUUAUGCCUUACAGCAAGUGACUUGAGAGGAAGGGAGAUGCCUGGUUUGUUUCAACACUGCAGAAUGUAAAAGAAACCUGGAGAGUCAUUCACUUUAUUUUCCACACAGACGCAGACAAUGUGUUCUUCUGUUCAGGGACAUUGCUAUAUUCAGUACACAAACUCGUAUUUUCCUUCCAAUAUCGAAGGGCAUCCAGGCUCGGUAAAAGAGCUUAAUUUAGGACGGCCUCCACAUCAAUAUUACAGUAAGCCACGUGGCACUGGCUUGCCCUGCAUCACACAGGGGAAGAUCAAUGCUAAAUAAGCAGUGAAGGUUUAAAUUUAGAACCGUCCAUCCCAAAGGCAUAUAAAUUAUUAUAUAAAACAUUCGAUAAUCAAUUUCCAUCACGCAGAAGCAGGUCUGUUUAAAAUUGAGGCAGUUUUU